AUGCGUAAUUUGGGGAAAACCAAAUGUCGCUCUCGUUUGCCAAGUCGUUGUACAUAUUAGAGCAGCCAUUCGGUCGAUGUUUGUGAAUGUGAUAUUGAUAUAGGUUUGUGAAAGAUACAUUGUGUAUGGUUACAUAACCAACAGGUCUUGUGCUUGCAGCUCUGUUCGCCGAUACAUUCACUGAAGCAGACGACAAUCAACAGGUAACAACAACAAUCGUUAACAAUCGCAGAAUAUGGAAUGGGAAUUUGAAAUUUAAGUCUACGUACUGACUUACUGUGAAACAGUAAAAUGGAGGACGAAGAUCAUGGUGCAGAAUACAAGUUUAUAGGCAGAGAAAAGCCGAUUGAGGACCUUGUUGAACUCAUUGUGACAAAGAAAAAACGUUUGAUCUGUAUAGAUGGAGAGCCGGGCAUUGGUGUGUCAAGAUUUGCCGAGUUCAGCUUGGGAAGGGUUGCGCAACAGCAACACCACACAUGCUUCCUCAUUGACUGUCAGAAGAUUCCAGGAAAGACUAAAGAAGAUGUUGAGGCAAACUUUAAGACACAUUUUGAAGAAGAUGUGAUCCAAAAGACUGCUGCAAAGUCAACAAUCAUUUUCGACAGCAGUGAUCGACUGGAAAUGAUAAAUGAUCUGGUGAAACAGUUUUCAGUAUUUCUUCAGCACAAUCAGGAAUCUCAUGUGAAUCUCUUGUUUGACAAUGUUGACCGGAAGAGCAAGGACAUUGUCCAGUCUUUUGUGAUCAGUGCUCUCAAGUCAUUCAAAACAAGAAUCACAAAUGUGACUUUUAUUCUGACUUCUCGGAUGAAGCUUAGUUUUGCACAAUUAAGAAUGGAGUCAGUGAAGUUAGGGCCUUUCACUGAAGAGGAAGUGAGAGAAUAUUUUCAUAAAAUCUUUGACAUUUCAUUCAGAGACGAUGUGUUCAGGAUUAUUCAUGGCUGGUGUGCUGGGAAUGUUACUGUGCUGUCAUUAGUAGGUAGAGAGCUGACUGAUCUGAAAGACAUGUCCUUUGACCAAGAAGACUUCUCAACUGUCAUUGUCCAAGGGUCAUCGCAAGAUGCUUUACGCCUCGUCAACAGUGAUGGCUUGGCCGACCAGGAGAAAUGGAGUGAGAUUUUCGCAAAAUUCUUUGAACAACUGUCUCAAAGAGCACAGGUCAAUUUGCAGAAAGUUGCACAGUUUGACAGGGACUUCAAAGCAGAGGAUUUGAACAAAAUGCGUCCAAAUGAGUCGGUGGCCCUGACGAAACACCGGGUUCUUGUAGAGCUGAUGAGGACAAAUGCUAUACGUCACAAUCUGACUGACAAAACUUUCCAGUUUGAUCAACUCAAAAGACAGUGGCUCGACACCCAGGAAUCAGGACCCGAUGAAGACCAGUGGCUGGAUCCGUCUAAUCCCAGCCAUGAGGAUGAGGUUCAAAACACCAAAACAGACCCCUUUUCUGAAUCUAUUGACGACAACACAAAGCAGCCUCUCAAAACAAGCGACCAGGCAGGUGGGAAUGCCAAAACUGACCGCUUAACUGUGAAGGAACUUUUGAGGCAAAGGAAUAUGGAGCCUGAAUGGAGCCUGCCCGGUGGCUCAAAUGAAUCGACAGAUGAGCCCAAGAGUGAAACUCCUGACAUUGCAGGACCUGGGCCCCUGGAGCCUACAGCAAGAUCAGUUAGAGGUGACAAUGUCACCUUCAACAUUGUUGCAAGUGAUGACAGACCUGCUGCAUCUUCCACUCCACAUCUGUGUCAGUCACAAGGAUGUGUUAAUCUACAGGAUGAUCGUUCUCCCAAAGAAAAACUGCCUGAGCGCUUCAAGGAAAUAUCAAUAAAACCAAGUAACCUUGACAGUGGUACCAAUGGUUUUGAAGGGCAGAGUGUAGAUUUAAGGGAGUUCAAUGGUCAUGCCAAUCAGACCAGUAGGCAACUGAGUAACCUUGACAAUGGUCCUAAUGAUUUCAAAGGGAGGAGUGUAGAUUUACAGCAGGUCAACGGUCAUGCAUAUUCAACCAGAAGGCAGCACAUGCUUUCUGAAAGUAGUGCUGAGAGUUUUGAAAACAAUGAACUGCAACCUAUAGCUACAACAGCCAUACCUUUUACAAAAUCAGCAUCUAUCCAAGAACAGGAUGAACCUCAAAGCCCUAACGCAGUGAUCAAAGAAAAAAGAUCUGCUUCUGUGGAUGGUGAUAUUCCAAAGUCAUCCUCUCAGCAUGGUGAACAGACACCACCAUGUAGAAUGACACAAUCAUCUUGGGCAAAUGUACCUUCUCCGAAUGACCGAAUAGAAUCUCAGACUCUUGUGAAAUCAGCACCUUUGGCUGUCAUGUCCAAUCAGCCAAGAGAACCCUCCAAAGUUCAAGGAUGUGACCAUGAAGAGUUCAUAUCGACCUCAGCAGGGCCCUUUGCCAUGACAAACAACUUAAAGGCAGAAGGUCAUCGUAGAAAUCUACAAAAACAGGAUGCUGUAGAUGACAGUCACUGUCAGGUUGGGAGGCAUCUAGAACCUUUAGCUCAGAAGACAGGACCAGUGAUGGGAAGAAGGGUAGGUGGGGAGCAACACUCAGAAGGGCAUCCAGACCUUGCAUCAGGGAUGAGACACACCUCCUACUUUGCCUCAAAGACACCUGCAACUGUUCAGCCUCCACCUGACCCCCAUUUUUAUCGGGGAGUGAACAGAACUGAUGAAGGGGCUCCUGCAACAUUGCUGCCGCGGAGCAUCAGCUCGAGAAGACCAGACACCUCAGGGGCUGAAGAGGCUUACCAGGACACCAGCUAUCAAGACCAGCAGUUUGUCACACAUGGUAACAAGCCUUUUGGUGCACAGAACAUUCAGAAUUCUAGUGUUGCUUAUGUUCAACCAAUACAGUGCACUUCAGGUGGACUGUCACAGGGUUACACACCUUCUGAGCAGUGGAACAUCCAGUUUCCCGGCUUUGACCAGUCAGCCAUUUCACCUGCACCACCAAACCAGUUGUUUCAACUAUCCUCAGCUGAUGGUCUGGAACAGGCUGUAGCAUCUGAAUACCUGCAGCAGGUGCCCCUUCACAGACCACCUUGUCCAGGGAGGGCUGUCACACUGAACUCACAGCAUUAUCCCGGGAAUGGUCUACCACUGAAUACUCAGUCUCACUCCAUGAGGGGUGUGACAUGGAACACACAGGCUCACUCUGGGAGAGGUGGACAAGGACACCAUCAUGUCCAGCAACAAUCAUCUACUCAACUCUUCAAUUCUGAAGUGGUGCCACUGUCUUUACAUGCCAAUGAGGACAGUGCUUUCCCUCCUGAUUCAGCACAGAGCCACCCAAUUGCAAGCUUCCCAAACCACACCAGUAUAAUGACACCGUUCAGCACUCAGCAGAAUCAGCAUAGAGCUGCAUCCUCAGAGUCUUCCAGCAUACGCUUGCUACCGCGAGGACCUCAAGGUCCGCGAGAACCACAGUUCAGAGCUGUUGCUUCUCAACCACUACAACACCAAACUCAGAACACAUUUCCCAGUAUCUAUAUACAUCCGAAUGUUCAGCAGCAGCAACAACAGCAGCAGCAGCAACAACAGCAGCAGCAGCAAUACUACUAUCCGCAAUACUACUACCUUCCCAGAGAAAUGACCCAGCAACUAUUGAUGGGUGUCAUGCAACCAGAGAGUGCAGCAUUCAUCAACCAUCAGCAUUAACUCCUGUGGGUAGUCUGGGUUAGAAUUGGUCCCUAGGUACCUGGGUGGCCAGGCUUGUGACUUGAUUUAUUGGAUGAAAUGGCUCUGAAACUAUUAAAGGUCUACCUAGCAUUCCAGAACAAGGUGUUGUCAAAACUUUGCAAGUAUUCCUUUUGUGGGCCUUUGCUUCUGGAAAUAUGACUUGAUAGCUUAUUGACUAGUUUUAAUGUACAGGUAUAUAUUUGUUUAUUUAUAGGGGUCUGGCAAAGAUACACAUGCUUUUUGUAUAAGCAUUUUUUCUACAUCAUUUGCAUGUUUUAACAAAGAUGUUCAGCUUGUUCUGUCGCUCAAGUUCAGAUAGUUGUAAUGGUUUGUUGGUUUGUUGUUUUACGCCACCCUCAACAAUAUUCCAGCUAUAUGACGGAGGUCUGUAAAUAAUCGAGUCUGGACCAGACAAUCCAGUGAUUGAUAUCAUGAGCAUAAAUCCACGAAAAUAAUUACUCCAGACAUGGUGUAUUGUGCCAAAUUUCACCAUAGGUCAGAAUCACUUUUCACUUUGCCAUAGAAAACACGACUGCCAUCAGAGGCAAAGACGUGUUUCUGUCUUCCCAUGACUUCUGAAAGUAGGGCUCUGACAAAUACUCAAAACACUGGUCGGGUCUCGCGGAACUCGAGUACCCGUCAUGGGGACAUAACUCAUACCUGCACUUCUCCAACAUACGUGUUGCAGACAUGGAAAAGAAGCAAUACAGUGUCGGAAAGUAUUUCGACAUAGAUGGUGCGGAGAAUAUUUUAAAAAAACUGUUGAUUUUGUUGCAUAUAACCAGGUAAUCAGGUACUCGUUCUGGUUGGUAUUUUUGGGUAUGGGAACUUGAGUCCAUGUUUUCUUCCCAUCAGAGCCCUGUCUUAAAAGGAUUUCCUUCUAAUGUUUUGAGUUAUGCAUCAUUCUCCCUGCAACGACUUGAUGUGUUUAUAUUUUGUGUGUAGUUUUGUAGUUGUGUUUUUAUUAAAACAUGGUUGCUGGCAUCAUCAGAGUUUUAGAGGUGCUGCAACUGCUUCCUGUUGAGCUGAUAUCACAUUUAAUUUAUUUGAAAUCUAAUUGUAAGUUUGAAUAUACAACAAUAAUUAUUACAAUAUAACAAUAACGACUCAUGUAUGUAGACGUAUGAUCUUGGCCAGAACAAUGAGUGCAGACCUUUAACUGCUAUUGGUUACAUGUGACACAUACAUUGAAUGAUAUUUUUUGUAUUUAUGUAUCAAAAUUUGUUGACCACUUUUGUUGUCUGGUUUAUGUAAUACUCAGAGCAGUGCUCACUAUUAUUGACUAUUUAUUGUGAAGAUUGAUUUUUAUUGACACUAUAUUACUGGGUAUUAAUUAGUUAUAAUUGCCAACUUUUUUGCUGACUGCGUUUUUUAAGUGUAUGACAAUAUAUUAUAGAGAUUAUUGAUGACAAUUGGCCAUGCAUCUGAAAACCUUAAGGUCGCUGGGGUACUAUUUAUCAAAGUUUCCUUGAAUAGUAGACUAUGUUGAGCUUUUUAUUCCCUCCUCCAGCAUAUGAUAUAGUCGAUGCCUUGUCUGUCUGUUCAUCCGUAAUCAUUUCAUUUCUGGAACGUAACUCGUAAACCGUUCAAUAUAUUGCAACAAAAAUUGGUAGAUAUUUCUAAAAGAUCCUGAAGUGCUGCAUUUUGCUAUUUGAGGAUUUUUAGAAUAUUUAUUUUUCCUGUUACCAUGGCAAAAAGUUUGAAUUUGACUGUUCAUAGUUAUUUGUACCUGAUGUAGAAACACAAAGUUCCAAAUCCCAAUUCCAUAGUAUUUUGUCUCCCAUGUUUCAGCUCACCCAAGUAAAUACCAA